AUGAUUUUUAAUUUGAAAAAAAGUAAAAAAAAUGAGGAUGGAUCAAAUAAGGAUAGUAAAAAGACAAAUGAAACAAGUGGAACUGAAAAAAAAGAAAAAAGUAAUAAAUGGUAUAACAAAAUUGUAAAUAGUUCCCCAAAAAAAGAUAAAAAUAAUGAUAGUAGUAUAGUAUAUGAUGAUGAGAGUAAAGGAGGAGAAAAUGAUCAUCAUGUUAAAGAAUAUGAACUGGAAGACCAGCUAAAAGAAACUCUAAAAUCAAUCACCUCUUUAUCUAUAAAGAUAAAAGAAUAUGAGAUUAAAGUAGAAGAAUUAGAAAAUGAAUUAAAAUUAGAAAAAGAAAAACAAAUUAAUAAAGAAUAUGAAAAAGAAUUGAAUGAGAAAUCGGAAUAUGUAAAAAGACAAAUGGAAUUAUUAAAGGAAAAAGAAUUAAAUAUAAGUUUAAAAGAAAAUAAAAUAAAUAAUAAAGAACUAAUAGCAUUAAAAAGGGAAGAGAAAUUAAAUGAUAUAGAAAAUGAAUAUGUUGAAAAAAAUAAAGAAAAAGAAAAAUUAAAUUAUGAAGUUACAAAUAUAAAAAUGUCUUUAGAUAAAUUAACUUGUGAAAUUCAGGAAAAAAAAGAAAACUUAGAAAAAAUAAAUAAAAAAGUUAUAGAAAAAGAAAAUAAUUUAAGAGAAUUAAAAGAGUUUAUGAAAGAAAAAAAUGAAAUUAUUGAAUCAUUAAAUGGAACAAUAAAUGAUAAAAAAAAUGCUUAUGAAAAAUUAGAGAUAAGUUUUGAAGAAAAACGGAAAAUGAUUGAAAUGUUGGAUAGUAAGUUAGUAGAAAAGGAAGAGAAUUUUGCAAAUAAACAAAUGAAACUUGAAAAGAAUAAUGAAAUAAUUAUAGAAAAAUUAAAAGAUAUUGAGAGUAGAGAGACUGAAUUUAAAAAUAAAGAAGAACAAUUUACUAAUAUGGAAAAUGAAUUAAAUAAUCUUAAAAAGGAUUUAUCUAAAAAUGAAUGUCAAAUGGAAGUUUACAAAUUAGAGAUAAAAGAUUUGAGUCAAUCGUUGGUUGAAAAAGAAAGAGAAAUAUUUGAAAUAAAAAAUGAAUAUGAUAGUAAAAUAAAUAAUAUGAAAGAAAAAUUGUCUAACUUGAAUGAUAAAGAUAUAAGCGAUAUAGUUCUACAUUCUGAAGAAGAUAUAAAUAAACAAAAAAUGGAAAACGAAAAAAUAAAUAAAUUACUAAAAGAAAAAGAAAUGGAACUGAAUGAGAUACAUAAAAAAUAUAACUUAGAAGUUGAAAAAAUAAAAAAUGAGUUAAAUGAAAAAGAAGAAGAAUUAGAAAAAAAUAAAAAAACACACACUGAUGAAAUAAAAAUAUGGAAAAAAAAAAUAGAAGAUGCUAAAGAAGGACAUAAUAAUGAGAUAAACGAGUUGAAUAGCAAAUUGAAUAAACUAAAUAAAGAGAAAGAUAAUAUAGAAAAUGAAAAUAGAGAAUUAAACGAUAAAAUAGGUUUAUUAAAUAAUGAAGUAAAUAUAUUAAAUAAAGAUAAACAAACAUUAGGUAAUGAUGUUAAAACAUUGAAUGAUCUUAUAAAUAAUUUAAAAAAUGAAAUAAAUACAUCAGAUAAUAAAAUGAAUAAAAUGAAAGAGGAUCUAGCUAUGUUGAAUGAAGAAAUGGAAGGAAAAUGUGUUGUUAUUGAAGAGAUUGAAAAAAAAUAUAAAAAUGAAAUAUUUAUGUUAGAAGAAAAAUUAAAAGAAAAAGAAAAUUAUGCGGAUUUAAAUGAUGAAAUAAGUAUAUUAAGAAAUAGCAUAUAUGUUAAGGAAAAAGAAUUUAUUGAAAUGAAAGAAUUUUAUGAAAAUAAAAUAAAUUUAUGUAAUAAAAAUUAUGAAGAAAAAAAAAAUAUUUAUGAAAAUGAAUUAAAUAGUUUACGCUUAAAAUAUGAUAGUGAACAAAGUUUGAUUAAACAAAUAGAUGAAUUAAAUAUACAAAAAUUAAAAACAGAAGAAAAAUAUUUACAGUUAUAUAAUGAUAAUAUGGAUAUGUUUAGGUCAAUUUGUACUCAAAUAAAUAUGCCAUAUUCUGAAAAUAUCAAAGGCUCUGAUCUUGUGGAUUUUGUAACUGCCUAUAUAAAGCGCAGAGAGGAAUCUUUAUCCGAUGCAAAUCCAGAUAGUACACACAAAGAGGUGGUUGCUGAAUUAGAAAAAAGGCAUGCAGCUGUUGUGGCUGAGCUAGAAGAGAAGCAUAAAGCAGAGAUGAUAAAAUUGGAAGAAGGACAUAAAGAAGAGACGAUCAUAUUGGAGGAGAAGCAUAAAGACGUGGUAACCAAAUUAGGGGAGCAGCAUAAAGAAGAAAUUGCUAAGUUGAAAGAAGGGCAUGCAACUGUUGUGACUGAGUUAGAAGAGAAGCAUAAAGAAGAGAUAGUUAAAUUGGGAGAAGGGAAUAGAGAAGUGGUAGCCGAAUUAGAAGAAAAGCAUGGGAAUUUUGUGGCAGGAUUAGAAGAGAAACACAAGGCAGAGACAGCUAAAUUGGAGGAAGGACAUAAAGAAAUGGUAGCCGAAUUAGAAGAAAAGCAUGGGAAUUUUGUGGCAGGAUUAGAAGAGAAACACAAGGUAGAGAUAGUUAAAUUGGGGGAAGGGCAUAGAGAAAUGGUAGCCGAAUUAGAAGAGAAGCAUAAAGAAGAAAUGAUUAAAUUGGAGGAAGUGCAUAAAAAAGUGGUGGCUGAAUUAGAAGAGAAUCAUACAGAGGUAGUAGCCGGGUUAGAAGCAAAACAAAACUUGGAAGAAGGGCAUAAAGAAAUGGUGGCGGAAUUAGAAAAAAGACAUGCAGAUUUUGUGGCUGUAUUAGAAGAACAACAUAAAGCAGAGAUGAUAAAAUUGGAAGAAGGGCAUAAAGAAAUGAUGACCGAAUUAGAAAAAAGGCAUGCGGCCGUUGUGGCUGAGUUAGAAGACCAGCAUAAGGUAGAGGUGGUUAAAUUGGGAGAAGAUCAUAAAGAAGAGGUAGCGAAAUUAGGGGAGCAGCAUAAAGAAGAGGUUGCUAAAUUAAAAGAAGGACAUAAAGAAGUGGUAGUCAGGUUAGGGGAACAACAUAAAGAAGAGGUGACUGAAUUGGGAGAGAAGCAUAAGGUAGAGAUUGUUAAGCUGGAGGAAGGGCACGCAGCAGUUGUGAGAGAGCUCGAAAAAAAAAAUGCAAGUUUGCUGGAUAUGGUAGAAGAAAACCAUAAGAAUGAGAUGAGCAAAUUGAAAGAGGAGCAUAAAGAAUCUGCAAGUGAUUUAAUAGAAAAAUUAUACCAAAAAGAUGAAGAAGUAAAAAAUUCAAAUAAUAAAAUUGAGGAGCUAACAAAUGUAAUAAAAGAUUUAAAUGAUUCUAUAAUGUGUUAUAAAAAACAAAUAUUAGAGGAAGUAGAAAAAACAAAUGAAUAUAAUGAAGAGAUAAACAAAUUAAAAGUUGCACAAAAUGAAAUGAAAGAUAUGAAUGAUAAGAAAAUAUUAGAAAAGGAAAAUGAAAUAAAAAAAUUAAAUAAACAACUAUCAAAUUAUAAAAUAUUUGAAACAAAAGAGAGUACAUAUAGAAAUUAUGAAAUGGGAAUUAAUGAAAAUAAAGAAAGAAUUAUAGUAGACAGUGUAGGUAAAGAAAAUAUUUCUGAAUCGGAUGUUGAAGGAAAAGGAGGAAAUUUAAAAAUGAUUUUAUCAUUAAAAAAGAAAGAAAGAAAUAUAUUUUCAGUAAGUGAUAAUAAAAAUGAAAAUAGUGAAUUAGUUGAUAGUAUAAAAAGUGCAUAUAUUAAUAAAAUUGAAAUGUAUAAAAAAGAAAUAAAGGAUAAUGGUAAAAAUAUAGAAGAUCUGAAAAAUAAAAUAUUAGACAUGAGCAAUGAAUUAAUUAAUUUAGAGAAUAUUAAAAAAGUUUUAACUGACGAAAAUGAUAAUUUAAAGAAAGAAAUGGAAAUAAAAAAUAACAAACUUAAUGAAAAAGAAAAAAAUGAAAAUACUGAAAUUUUAAAUCUUAAUGAUGAUAUUAUAAAAUUAAAAAAAGAUAUUUUUGAAUGGAAAAAUGAAGAAGAGAAAUGGACAAGAGAAAAUAUAAAACUAAAAAAUGAUAUCGAACAAAUUAAUAAAGAAUAUAAAAUAAAGGAAGAAACUCUUAUGAUAAAAUUUAAUGAAAAUAUAAAUGAAGUUAGUAGUUUAAAAAAUCAGAUAGAAAUUGAAAAAACAAAACUUGAAGAAUUAAAUAAAAAUUAUGAAUUACUUUUAGCUGAAAAAAAAGAAAAAAAUUUGAGCACUCCAAAUGUUAAUAAUAAGAUAGGGGAAAAUAAUAUGUUAGAGCAUACCGAUUCAAAAGAAAAUAAUUUAAAUAAAAAAAAUGAGGAUAAGACAGGUGAUGAUGUAAAUUGUGAAAAAACUAAUGAUCAAACAAAAGAAAUUUCAUAUCUAAAAGAUGAAAUAAAAAAGAUAAGUAUGUUAUAUGGUGAAGAAUUAAAUAGAAAAAAUAGCUAUGACGAAAAAGUAAAAAAUUUGACUAACGAAUUGAAGGAAUUAAAAAUAAGAAAUAAGAAAGGUGAAGAAGCAAUUGCUGAGUUAAAUAAACUGAAGAAUAUUAAAGAAAAAAAUAAAAGUGUAAAAAAAAAUGAUGAGUUGUCAAAUAGUAGUAUUAUUAUGAAAGAAGGAGAUAAAGAUAUAGCAUAUGUAAGUAAUGAUGAUAAAAUGCAGAAAAAUUGGAAAGAAAAUCUAGUAUUAAAAUUGAAGGAAAAACCAGAUUUAUGGGAUAAUAUUAAUAGUUUGGAAAAAGAGAACUUUAGAGUGAUGAGCAUUGUAAAGGAAAAUAAAAAUAUGCAUAAUGAUAAGAUUGUAGGAGUGUAUAGCUAUUUUAGAAGCUAUGAAAAAGAGCUAAAAAAUGAUAUGCUAGUUAUUUGUCUAGUACUAAAAGAUAUUUUAAGUGUAUUAUUUUUAAAUGAUAAUUUUGUAAACUUAUUUGAAAAGGUUGAUAAAAUAUUAUGGAAACAAAUGUAUAUACCAAAAGAAAUAAAAAUAAUAUUUUUACGAUAUUUUAACUUUUUAGAUAAGUUAAGAAAUUAUGUAAAAUGUGUAAAUGAAGAAUAUAAUAAUAAUGAAAGGUAUGAUGAUUCUUGGGCUUUAUUUCAAACCUAUUUAGAAACAGCUAGUAAUUUAAAAAAGGAAAUGAUAUAUUAUGUUUUGGAAAAAGCAGAAAAAGAUAGUUGUGAAAAUAGUAGUAGUAAUAUUGAUAAGACAAAAAUAAGUGAUAUUUUAAAUUUUUCAAAAGACAGUAUCCGACUUAAAACAAUAGCUCAAUUACGAAAAGAAUUGAAUUUUGAAAGACAAGCCAAAAAUAUAUUGAAUUAUGAUUAUCAAAUUAUUUUAAAUAAAUAUCAUGAAUGUUUGAGAAAAUUAAAAAUUGUGAAAAAUAUGGCAAAAGAAUUAGAUUUUAAUUAUAAUGUAAGUAGCAAAUUUUCUAUAAAAAAAGAAUUGGAAAUGUGUUCAGAUGAAAAUGACGAGCUUAAAUAUAAUAACAUAAAAGAUAAUGAGGAAAAAAAUGAUAGUACUAAAGAUCCUAAACAUAAUAAUUUAAUUAAAAAAAUAAUUAAUUUACAAAGAAAUAAAAAAAUUGAAAAAAAAAAAAAUAAUUUAGGGAAUGAAAUAAAUACAAUGUAUCCUGGUGAUACUAUCCCAAAGGGGAAAAUAAUCACCACCAAUGAUAAUUCAAAACAAAAUGAGAUACUUAAAAAGAAAGAAAAUAUAAAUAAUAACAUAAUCCACAAAAAUAUUUACACAGGUCAAGUGAAAAAUAUUUUUAAUGAACCUGUGGAAAGAAAAGUUAGGAUAAGCUUUGUUCACAAAAGCCCAUUUAGCUAA